UUCAACAUUCACUUUACAAUUACUCUAUUAUGAUUAAAACUCUAGAAGAAUUUACUCCUGGCUUCACUAUUAGCUGGUGGCCGAUUUCCAUUCUCAGGUUUGCACAUAGAUCUCAAAGGAGAAAAUGCAUAUCAGGUACAAGAGCUUACUUCCAAAAUGAUAGUCGUGGCUAGAGCAGUUAUUGCAAAAAAAAAAAAAAAAGUAAAAUACUAGAUUGAAUUAGAGAGGACCCAAAAUGUUGCUCUUAGCUUAAGAACCAAAAAUCAGAAAUAGCUGGAGAAUCUUUGACGCUGACUGCAGAACUAGAGAGGAUGAUCCUAGCAAUGGAAUUAAGAUGCUACAGAAAGAUCCUAGGUAUCCCAUACAAAGACCUUAUCACAAACAAAGACUUUAGAAACAGGAUUAGUACAGUGAUUGGACCACACGGUGGCCUGCUAACUACUAUCAAAUAAUGCAAACUGAAAUUAUAGGGCCAUAUUUCAAUGUCCGCAUGGCACGCAAAGACCUUCCUUCAGGGAACAGUACAACGAAAAUGAAGAAGAAAUAGACAGAGAAAGCAACAGCAAGGAAUUGACAGUCCAGGGAGAUUGUGUCCAAGUCGAAAGACAGAAAGGAAUAGAGAAGGAAGAGAGUGUAGACAAAGACGAGUCCACAGAGAUUCUACAGACACUAUUCAGUGACUAGACAAAGAGUUUUCUAGAAAGCGAGAUUCGCGGCUGAGUGUUAAAUAAGUAAACACCAUCAUGGCGAUCAACGUGCCCUGCCUGGUGGCCGUAAUACUUAUGUACGUCCUCGUCCUGGUCAUCGGAGUGGUCACUGCCAAGAAGACUCACAAAAGUCAGAACAGUGAGGAGGUGAUGAUAGCCAACAGAAGUUUAGGAUUUGGUGUGGCCUUUUUCACACUCACAGCCACCAUGAUCUGUGGAGGAUUCAUCAACGGGACGGCGGAGUUCGCUGCCUGGCACGGUCUGCUACAGACCCAGGCGCCUCUUGGAUACUGUUUCGGAUUUUUCAUAAGUGGGUUCAUCUUCGCUCCCAAGCUGAGGCGAGAGAAUUACGUGACCAUGUUCGAUCCCUUUCAGUACAAGUAUGGACGUAAGAUGGGAUCCCUGCUGAUCAUUCCUCAUCUGUUUGGAGAUGUCCUGUGGUCAGCCACUAUGUUGGCUUCCCUUGGGGCCACUGUCGCUAUUAUAGUUGACAUCGACUCCACCUUGUCCAUUAUUGUCUCCGCCCUUGUCGCUGUGGUCUACACUAUUUUGGGCGGACUAUAUGCAGUGGCGUAUACAGAUGUCAUUCAGCUGAUACUGGUGGCUGUAGGAUUGGUAGUAGCUUGUCCUUUUGCCUUGACUGACCAGAAUGUUAAUCUAAACAACAUCUCCAGUACAUGGGUUGGGGAGGUCAAGUCAGGUACUGAAUGGGUGUACUUGGACACUUACUGUCUCCUAGUUCUGGGAGGAACUACUGUCCAGCCCUUCUACCAAAGAAUUUUAGCGUGCAAAAAUACCAGAGUUGCUGUCGUCUCUACGUUAGUGGCGGCAAUAUUCAGUUUUCUUUUGACUCUUCCAGCCGCUGUUUUGGGACUUGCUGGAUCCGCCGCUGAUUGGAACAGCACUGACUACACAGGACCACUACCUAUCCCAGAAGAACGCAGAAGUCACAUUCUUCCCAUGACGCUCAGCUACUUGGUUCCACUUCCUGUUUCUAUUAUUGGCCUUGGCGCCAUUUCUGCCGCAUCGAUGUCGUCUGCUGAUUCCUGCUUUCUGUCCAUAGCCACAGUGAUGACAAAAAAUGUCUAUAAAGAUAUCUUCAGGAAAAACGCAAGUGACCGAGAACUGAUGUGGGUCUUGAGAAUCUUCAUCGUUCUGUUUGGCACUGCAGGCACAGUGCUGGCCAUUAAAGCCACGUCUAUAUACGAGCUUGUCGUUCUGGCCAGUGAUUUCAUGUAUGUCAUACUGUUCCCACAAUUGGUGUGUGUCCUGUGGGUCAGCAUGACCAAUACUUACGGGAUGGUCUCCAGUUAUUUCGUAGCUCUCAUUAUACGCAUCUUAAGCGGUGACCCGACGUUAGGCAUACCAGCUGUGAUCAAGUAUCCAAUGUAUGAGGAAGAAACUGGAACACAGCUGUUUCCGUUCAGAACUUUUAGCAUGAUCUGCGGCUUUGUAACUUUGAUCGUUGUCUCAGCCAUUACCAACUUCCUGUUCGCUAAUGGUUAUUUUCCCAUCGAGUACGACUUCUUCAGCUGCCAGCGUCAAAGAACGUACCAGAACCGCAGCAACGAGCAUCAAAAAAUGGAAGUUAAGAAGAAACUUCUACAGCAGCAGGAUCUCAUCAUUAAUGGAGAUUCGAAACAGUAGCUCGGGAGUCAUUGGGUACCUAGCAAAACACGAUUACUUAUUUAAACAGAUGUUGUCGGCCUAUGAGCCACGAACUGGGCUUUCCAAGCAUCAGGUCUUGCCUGGAGGGUAUAUAUUUAUAAAAGCUCCUCCUUGGUGGUCAUGGUACACAGAUUCUCAUGUGGUCGAAAAACGUUAACAAGGGCACAAAGAGCAAGAAGUCUGAAAUCUAUAAUAUAUUUGCGAAACACCACUCAUAUUCUGUAUAUAUGACCAUAACCUAAUCACUAAUUAACAUGAACAGAUAGGCUAAAUCUUGGGAUUUACAAUAGACUUGGAUCACAAUGCAAGUUUUAAGCUCCCUCUCCCCUUUUUUUUUUUUUAUCUCCUAUAGGGUUACACAACUAGCAUUUCAAUGUUAAGUUGCAUGUAAGGUAGGAAUAGGAUACAUCUAUAUAUAUAAGUUUUACUACAAGUUUUACUAUGUAGCAAUUAAAUAUUGGUGAGUGUGUCAAGAGAUUUGCCUAAUAGGUUCUGGGUGUGAUAUUCACUGCAUGAAAUCUUUUUUUUUUUUCCAUCCAUUCUCACACAUUUGAAAGAAAAUGAUUUAGAAAAUUGUUAGAAAGUUUGAAAUUGUGAUAGUUCUAUUAAAUAUAGUUUCAUGGUCUUCUGAA